UUUUCCUUUCCAAUUUUUCCGAACUUUCCCAAUUUUUUCCUAAACCCUUCCAAGGAUUUUACAAUUAUCCACCUUCCAGGUUUUUAUGUUCCCCUCCUCUCAUUUUAUUUUCCUCUAUUAACUAAACAUUUUAAAGCUCUAUUUAAUUUGCGCAAAAGCUCUAAACAAUAAGAAAAAAGCAAAAAAUAAAAGGAUCACGUUCCAAGAUUUUUUUAUCCCAUUUCCUCUCCCAUUCCUUUUCAUAAAAUAAAAAACUUUAUCCCGUUUAUAAAAUUAUUUCUCUCUCAAAAAAUUUUUCUCUGUUAAAAUUCAACUAAAAAAAAUUAAUUUUCAAUGUCCGUUCGUAAAAAAAUACCCCCAAAACCAACCACAAAACAAUUAAAACAAUUAAAAUCUUCAUUAUCAGUUUCAUCCUUUAAUCGCUUAAAAUCAUUUUCUGGACGUCCCCCUCUUUACAGAAUUAAAACUAUGGAGAAUUUUGAACAACUUUAUGAAACAACUGCAGGCAUUCCUGGGAUGAAUUCAUCCCCUUUAAGAGGAGGGGAUUGGGCAGAUUCGCCUGGACCUGCUGAUGGAAUUAGGCGACAAGAACUUUGUUCGAGGGUUAUGCUGACUAUUACAGCAAAAGAACUCCGAGAUUUGGACCCAGAUGAAUGUAUUGACCCUUAUUGUCGAGUUAGUGUGUGUGAUUCUUCCAGUGCUCCGAAUAGACAAUGGGAAUUUCUUGGACAGACUGAAGUUGUUGGAAAUACAGACUGUCCAGAAUGGAGUACAAAAAUAUGUUUAACCUAUUUUUUUGAAGAACAGCAGAGACUUCACUUUGAAGUUUUCGACAAAAACAAAGAAGGCCUAAACCCCGCUGGCCGGCUUUACCCUAAACGUAUAGGACAAUGCUCAAUCCUAUUACACGAACUUGUUAGUGCUAAUAUGAAUAGGCUUUCAAAGAAUUUGAUGGAAGAAGGAGAAUUCGCCGGAAUAUUAACUGUAGUAGCCGAAGAAUUAAGUGAAGGAAGGCAAGAAUCUGUCUAUUUUGUUGUUAGCGGUCACAACUUGGACAGAAAAGAUUUUUUGGGAAAGUGCGACCCUUUUUUGAAGAUUAGCCGAAUUAAUUUUGAUAACACGCUUCAAUUAGCCUUCAGAACAAGGUAUCAUGAACAAAAUUUAAAUCCAAAAUGGAAACCUUUUGAAAUAUUAACUCAACAAUUAUGUUACGGAGACAAAGACAGACCUUUCCUUAUUGAGUGUUUCGACUGGGAUCAGGACGGAAAUCAUGAUUUGGUUGGCGCUUGUCAAACUACAGUGAAUAGACUGCUUUGUGGACUAGACAAGGAAUUACCCUUGAUCAACGAAAAGAAACUUAAAAAACACAAAAAAUAUGUAGAUUCUGGACAAGUACAAUUUCACAGAAUACAUUUAUGGAAUGAUUAUACUUUCUUAGAUUUUAUUCGAGGAGGAACCGAGCUAGAUUUUACUGUGUCGGUAGACUUUACAAAAUCAAAUUUGCCUAUGCAGGAUCACUCAUCUCUCCAUCGCCGCGAUCGUAUGAAUCAAUACGAAUUGGCAAUUGGCGCAAUUUUAGAAAUUUGUCAGCAUUAUAGUAGAAGCAAAGUAAUAAAAACAAUUUUAGCAGUAGAAGCAAUUUUAAUUUUCUAGUUAUU